AUGGAAGGAAGCAGGCCCCCUUCACCGAAACAGCCAAAUCUUCCACCUACAAGCCCGGCUCUCCCUUCAGAGCCAACACCGAAGAACAUCCCUCAACCAAAGGCUAAAGGCCCAAGAAGACGCACCAAAACAGGUUGUCUGACAUGCAGGAAACGUCGUAUCAAAUGCGGAGAGGAAAAGCCCACAUGCAAUAAUUGUAAAAAGUCGAAAAGAGACUGUGAGGGAUAUGCCCAGCGUGUGAUUUUCAGGAACCCCGUUGGGCCCAUGUCCCACAUGGGACACGGCCCAAUGCCCCCAAACUAUCCCCAUCCGAGGCCCGGUGCAGAUCCUCUACCGUUCAUCCGUCGUCCUAUAGGUUCAACCGCAUUGCCAGAGGAAGUUUCUGCAGCUCGACAGUCUUUCAUUCCGCUCGCACCUCGUCCGGAUGAGUACAAUACUGGUGUUGUAUAUGAUGAAUCGCAGUUUGCGUCGAACCUAGAGUACCAACCUGGGCAUGCGCAUCCUGCCGAGCAAAGCGGCCUGAGUCUACAGGACUACUAUGCUCAGUCAUAUAAUUUUGAAAGCGUAGAACAAACUGCCUCACCUCAUUCAAAGCAAGCACAGCAAGUUAACCUGAAUCCCGAACCUUCCCCUCAACAGUUCCUUCAAGACAACCUCUUGGACCAGCGCAGCCAACCUCCGAUUAGCCCCAAGCAUACAUCGCACUAUCAACCUCAAAUACAAACCCAAUCAGGAUCUCCCCGCGAGCAGUCAAAUAUAUUCGCCUCCCCUCAAGAGGCGUACUGUAUGGCAUAUCUUUUGAUCCCUUCAUCACGAUUUGCAUAUUUAUCUAACAGCACAUCUGCAGACAAUCCACAAUACAAUACACAUACACUCGAAGCACAAUCGUCUGCUAAUAAUUAUGCGCCAAGCGACUUAUACCAUGAUGCUGGUCAACCAGCGAACUUCUAUUACGAAGAGGAAAUUGACGAUUAUUACGAUGUCGAAACCGAUGAAGAAAUGCAAAUUCAAACUCCUCAUAAUUAUCCUCAGCCAUACGAACCACCACCACCACCCACCACGCAGCAGCAGCUAAUUCAUCCGCUCCGCUCCACGACUGCUUUCUUAAACGAUGAGUCUUCUCUGAUGACAUAUAUACCAUCCCCUUUGGCAUCCCCCCUUAUGGAUCCAGAGGUGACAAGAAUAUUUUGUCAUUUUAUCACUGCUGUUGCACCAGUGCUAUCCAUAUUUGAAAGGCAUCCAGUGAACCCGACAGUACUUUUAUCUGCGUCACCAGUCCCAGCCUCCCAACAGAGCCUAUGGACGUAUACCGUGCCUACGCUUGCACUGAGGAAUCAAGGUUUGCUUCAGGCAAUUUUGGCUCUAAGUACUCAUCACAUCGCGAAGAUACAAGGGUUAUCUCUCACGGCAUCAUUCCGUCAUUACCACUACGCCAUACGUCGUGUUUCCAAGGCCGUCAAACUUCCGUCUCGCCGCACACAGACGGCCACACUUGCCGCAACGCUGCUUCUCGGCUUUUAUGAAGUCAUGGGUGCUGAGCACUCGAAAUGGAAUAGCCAUGUGGCUGGGGCUUCACAUCUCAUCCAGGAAUGCGAUUUCGCAAGAAUGACAAGAGACAUCAGAUCAAUGAGAGCAAGGCAUAAGGAGGAGCAUAUACGGCUUUCGCAAUCGAUGCCAUGGUUGGGGAUGGGCACCUCGUAUUUAAGCAGCCGCUUCGAAAACGAUUUGUUCGCGGACAAGGAAGCUGAUACUAACGAUGUCCUUAUUAGUAAAAUAAUGGGUCGAUCCGUUAGCUACAAUGAUUUCGGGGAUGUCGUCACCGAGUCCGAAAGCAAUCUAACGGCGGGCGAUAUAGAUGACUACAGGAUUCGGAGUGACCUGUAUUGGUUUUAUGCUAAACAGGAUGUGUAUCAAAGUAUGAUCAGUGGGAAUCAGUUAUUAUCAGGAGUGGGAAAACUUGAUGCUGUUUAUGGAUCCAACGAUCACCUCUUACUGUUGCUUGCGCGAACGACGGACUUCGUCACAAGAGAUCGCGCCAGAAAAAUGCAGGUAAGAAAGCAAAACGGCGAGCAAUGGCACCCACCAUCAGGAUUCUUCCCGCCUGGCAUGGGUCGGAGUGGGCCGCCCAGUUCGCAACAUGGUCUGGGCACUGGGAUGCCCGCACCCCCCGGACCACCGCAAGUGCCGCCAAUGGCCGCUGCUGGCAUAGCACCUCCAGGCAAACAGAGGGGAAACAGUCCUCCUAUGUAUGGAAUGGUCCCAAACACAGGACCUACCCGCCUCCCAUCCGGGUUUGCCGAAACACCCCAUCAAUCUCCAUCCUCGAAAUCAGAUAGCGAGAACGACGAUCUCGAAACGAGAACGGCAAGAGCAGAAGCCGAAUGGAAAGAAAUCGUCGCAGCCUACGAUGCUUUUGAAAAAGCACUAGGACCAGGAUAUAACCCCCUAUCAGCCGACAGCGCCCCGCCGAUUGCCACGCCUUUCGGCCCUGCCCUCCAAUACCGUACGCAUACCAUCGCCUGUGUCUGGUCUCUAUUUUACACUGGCCGCAUCAUCCUCGAAAGAGCACAUCCGAGCAUGCCACCAGAGGCCAUGGUGGCCGCGGGUAUCUGCGCAUUCCGCACAGGCCAGUUCGCAAAUAGCAUUGGCCGUAUCGUUGCUGGGAUCUACUACCCGCAACAAUUUGAUGAAAACACAGCAAGCCUCAUCCCAUCGCUCUCUGCAGUGCUUACAGAACUCAUGAUCCCUCUGUUCUUUGCAGGCGUACAAUAUACCGACGCCGCCCAACGUGGGUGGACGAUUGCCAAACUACGCAACAUUGCGCGGUUGACAGGCGGCAGUUCGGCAACAGCGGUUGCGUCCGGAUGCGAGACAGCAUGGGUAAAGGCUUUCGAAGCUGGAGGCGGGGCCCCGUACCAACGUACAAUGAACCGUAUGGCUCAUAUCGAUAGAGGACAGGGAGAAGUGUCGCUUAUGCCCAGUGACCAGAGGAAGUUUGUCACAGUUAAUCGGUCUGCGUCGUUGACGUGGGCUAUGGGGGUGUUGAGCUUACAGGGCGAUUAUUCGAGGCCUGAUGAAAAGGAGAACGCGGGUCUGUGA